AUGGAAGGCACUCACUGCACCCUCCAAUUGCAUGAGACCAUUACCGAACUCUGCUACAUCAGCUUCUGUCUUCCGAGGGGGGAAGUCAGAGGAUUUUCGUACAAGGGCACUGUAACUCUAGACAGAUCCAGUAAAGGUUUUCAUAACUGCUACCAAGUCAGGGAGGGGUCAGACAUCAUCAGCCUCAAACAGGAGCCGAGCGAACAUCCAGGUGACAUAUUUUUCAAGCAGAUUCCCACAAAAGACAUUCUAACUGAGCUGUACAAACUCACGACAGAGAGGGAGAGACUGUUGGCCAAUCUGCUGAGCUCAGACCACAUCCUGGGGAUUACAAUGGGGAACCACGAGGGGAAGCUGCCACCAGAGUUGUCCGUGAGCCUGGCCCCCGAGGACGACGGCUUCCAGAGUGCUGGUGACUGGCCAGGGGAGCUCCCCGUGGGCUCUCUCAAUAAGAGGAGUGCCCACAGGAGCAAAAGACCCCGGAGGUCUGGUGGCAGGAGAGAGAGCUUUGAGGUGCUCCUACAGAAAAGGACAAGAAGGAAAGGGCGUGGGGGCCAGGAAUCAGCUGCUCAGAUGGGCAAGGAGCAAAUCUGUUUCAGCAACUCCCUUCCUCUGUCUCAAGCGGGGCCUAAUCUUUGGCUCCUAGAAGAGAAAGGAAACUUGCUCCCAAAUGCAGCACUUACCUCUUCCCUGCAGAGGAGAGAGAGCUGUCCCCCAGAUAUCUCCAGGACGCUGGAUGCAGGUCUUGCUUUUGAGAGCUUUGGGGUGGCUUCCAAGGACACUGGGCCUGGGAGAGGAGAGCUGCCCCCUGACUGCAGCUCCACGGAGGCAGGAGAUGGUGGGCUUCGGGAGCCAUGGCAGAGGCCUCACAGGCUGGAGCAACAGCAAACGAGUUUGCCUGAAGGUCACCAGGACCCGGAGAAGCAUCACGAGGCUGGAAGGGAGGGGACACAGAAGUUGGAUGAGCAGACUCGCAAGAAGAAACCUGUUUCUAAAGUGGUGGCCAAGGUCCAGGAUCUGUCCUCUCAGGUACAAAGAGUAGUUAAAACACACCCUGAGGCUGAGGAAAGGACUGCCACUGGCCCAGCGGCCCAAGCUGAAUUUAUACCCAAAGCAGACUUUCUCACCCUCCCAGGAGCGGAGGCUGGGGUUCAUGGUUCCAAGCGGCGGGGCAAGGAGCGGCGAGGGCAUGAGUCUUUGCAGUCUUCAUUCGGGGAAAGAGCUGCCACUCCUGCUGCGCCAACCAGUGCAGAGGGGGCCGUGAACAAGGUCCUUCUGAAGGUGAUAGAGAGUGAGAAGUUAGAUGAGGCCACUGAGGGGAAAAGGCUGGGCUUCCCCCCUGGCCAGAGAGCCACCCCAACCCCCUCAGAGGCCAGAAGCAAGAAGAGAGCCGGGCUUCUCCCAAGGGGCCACAAACCUUUGCACCUGGGUCUUCCCCAGGGUGUGGGUUCCCGCCCCUCACAACCCCGAGGGGAUGAGAAGCCGCCUCCCCACCCAGCAUCAGCAGCUCUCAGCCUGGUGUUUAAUAAUUCAUCCCCUCAGUCCAACACAGCCAAACGGACAUCCCCUGUUCCCUCUCCUCUGUCUCCGAGGCUUCCCAGCCCUCAGCAGCAUCACAGGAUCCUCCGGCUCCCUCCACUGCCUGGGGAGAGGGAAGCUGCUGUUAAUGACUCUUCUGGUACAAACAGUAGUGACUUCUCUGGGUCUCCAUUUGCUGACACCUUGGAGCCCCCAUCCUCUACCAAGGUCACGGAGACCAAAGGAGCCAGCCCACCCUCCCUCAGAGCAGACCAACCAAGGUUGGCGCCUGGGGAAAGUUUGGAAAAGAGCGUGGGGCCAGGGAGGACCACAGCUCAGCCUGAGCACCAGUCACCUUCAGGUAUCUCCUCCGAGGGUUUUCCCUGGGACAGCUUCAAUGACCAGACACCUAAAGACCUUCCCAGCAGAGAUGGCAGCACAUGGGUCCUGGGCUAUCGAACAGGACCAGCCUGUCCAUUUUUGCUUCAUGAGGAAAGAGAGAAGUCAAACAGAAGUGAGCUGUACCUGGACCUCCAUCCUGACCAGAGCCCCACAGAGCAGGACGAUAGGACUCCUGGCAGGCUCCAAGCUGUCUGGCCACCCCCAAAGACAAAAGACACGGAAGAAAAAGUGGGAUUGAAGUACACUGAAGCAGAAUACCAAGCUGCUAUUUUACACUUGAAGAGGGAGCACAAAGAAGAAAUCGAAAACCUGCAGGCCCAGUUUGAACUUCAGGCAUUUCACCUCCGGGGAGAGCAUGCAGUGGUAACAGCCAGACUAGAAGAAACCAUUGAAAAUCUCAAACGCGAGUUGGAAGACCGCUGGCGGGGUCGUGAGGAGCGGAGGGACGCGUGCAUCUCCACCAGCGACGACUGUCCUCCGAAGACCUACAGAAAUGUGUGCAUCCAGACGGACAGAGAGACCUUCCUCAAGCCCUGUGAGGGCGAAAGCAAAACAACCCGAAGUAACCACACAGUACCCAAAAAGCUGAAUAUCACCUCAUUAAGCCAACUUUCUCCUCCAAAUGACAGCAAAGACAUCCACGCAUCGCUUCCGUCUGCGGAAGGCUUGUCCUCAAGUCCACAGAAGGCCUCACCUCCCCCUCCCGCGCCCCCUCUACCGGCAGCCAUCCCUCCGCCGCCUCCUCUCCCGCCUGGACUUGGAUCUUUGUCGCAGGCCCCUCCAGCUGCACCUGUGAGCGCUGGGCCUCCUCCUCCGCCGCCUCCUCCACCGCCACCACCUCCACCUCCAGGACCUCCGCCCCCGCCUCCACCCCUGCCUAACUCCCAGGCUCCGCCCCGCCCUGGGGGGCCGCCUCCUGCCCCAGCCCCCCCAGGACUGGCGCCCCCACCCCCUCCCGGACUCUACUUCGGCCUCAGCUCUUCUUCCAGCCAGGGUCCUCGGAAACCAGCCAUCGAGCCCAGUUGUCCCAUGAAGCCUUUAUACUGGACUCGGAUACAAAUAAGUGACAGAAGCCAAAAUGCUACACCAACCUUAUGGGAUUCCUUAGAAGAACCUGACAUUCGGGACCCUGGUGAAUUUGAGUAUUUUUUCUCCAAAGACACAACUCAGCAGAAGAAAAAGCCUCUUUCAGAGACCUAUGAGAAAAAAAACAAGGUCAAAAAGAUCAUCAAGUUAUUGGAUGGAAAACGAUCUCAAACUGUGGGAAUCUUGAUAUCUAGUUUACAUUUAGAUAUGAAGGAUAUCCAACAGGCCAUUUUCAAUGUGGAUGACUCCGUGGUUGAUCUGGAGACCCUGGCAGCCUUAUAUGAAAACAGAGCACAAGAGGAUGAAUUGGUUAAAAUCAGAAAGUAUUACAAGACCUCUGAGGAAGAAGAAUUGAAGCUGCUGGAUAAACCUGAGCAAUUUUUGCAUGAGUUAGCUGAGAUUCCUAAUUUUGCUGAACGUGCCCAGUGCAUAAUCUUCAGAUCUGUCUUUUCUGAGGGUAUCACCUCCUUGCACCAAAAGGUCGAAAUCAUCACACGAGCUUCUAAGGGCUUGCUGCACAUGAAGAGUGUGAAGGAUAUUUUAGCCCUCAUUCUGGCUUUUGGAAACUAUAUGAAUGGAGGAAACAGGACUCGGGGACAAGCUGAUGGAUAUAGCUUAGAAAUUCUGCCCAAACUCAAGGAUGUCAAGAGUCGGGAUAAUGGAAUUAAUCUGGUGGACUAUGUCGUGAAGUAUUACCUGCGUUACUAUGAUCAGGAAGCUGGAACAGAAAAGAGUGUUUUCCCCCUGCCGGAACCACAAGAUUUCUUUUUGGCCUCCCAAGUCAAGUUUGAAGACCUCAUAAAAGAUUUGAGAAAACUGAAGAGGCAACUAGAAGUAAGUGAGAAACAGAUGAUGGUGGUGUGCGAGGAGUCCCCGAAGGAGUAUCUUCAGCCUUUCAAAGACAAACUAGAAGAGUUCUUCCAGAAAGCCAAAAAAGAGUAUAAAAUGGAAGAAAGUCACUUGGAGAAUGCUCAAAAAAGUUUUGAAACAACAGUAGGAUAUUUUGGGAUGAAGCCAAAGUCUGGUGAGAAGGACGUGACACCCAGCUAUGUGUUUCUGGUAUGGUACGAGUUCUGCAGUGACUUCAAGACGAUUUGGAAACGGGAGAGUAAAAACAUAUCUAAAGAAAGAUUGAAAAUGGCUCAGGAAUCAGUCAGCAAGUUGACAUCAGAGAAGAAAGUGGAGACCAAAAAAAUCAAUCCCACUGCUAGUCUGAAAGAAAGGUUGCGUCAGAAGGAAGCCAGUGUAACCACCAACUAAAGUGGAGGCACCGGAAGAGGAUAACAGUGGAGACGUCAUGGGCCUUACAUACUCCUUGGUGAUGGCAGUGGUGCGGGACGUUCUUGGAAGAUGUGUUAACUAAGUAUCCGUUCUACUCAUCUCUUUCUGAGGUCAUCUACAGAAAGUGUUCCGUGCCUUCUUUAAGAAGUCCUUUAUUAAGCCACAGGAUCAACGAAAAGCUAUUUAAGAGGCCCUUGCAGAACAUUUGAUAGUUGUUUCUCAUAGAGGUCCAGAGUCCACUCUAAGACCAGAAGAAGUACCAAGAUUUUCCUUUUUUUUUUUUUUUAAGCUCAGAUUUCAAGCUUUAUAACCCCAGCUUGGAUGACAAGUAUGUCCCCCUGGGACAGAAGAAUAGAAGGACCUUUUAUGACCAUUACUUUGGGAGAGUUGAAGACUUGGUCUUUAUGUACUGUUAUUUUGAUUAUUGCUCUUAACUUUGAUCAUGUUGAGCAAGAUUCUGUAGCAUCUUUCUCACCAAAAAUGUUGCAACUUACCAAAAUUAAUUUUGAAGAAGUCGAAGACAACCUAUUUCCCGAUAGAAAAAAAUGAUUUUGUUAUCGUUGUUCAUAUGAUAGAAGGAAGAAAAAAUGGAAUUGCACAGGGCUAGAGAAGGAAAUAAAUAUCCAUAAACUUCAUCCUAGAGAACAAGUUAGGGUGCAAAGAGUUAUCAGCCAUUAAGUGAGGCCCAUUGUUUCGUGUUUAUCCUGGGCCAGCUGAGAUUCUGCACCUCAGGUCCCAGAAGAAGCUGUAAUUCCUGAGCAGGAGCAGCCUUGGGGUCAGAGUCCCUGCUUAGACAAGUGACACAGUAGCAGAGCACCUUUCACAUUUCGAACCAUUUGUGAAUGGGCAAUGUCUUGUUCUUAUGCAGCCAAGUUCUACAUCACCUGCUGUCACUAUAUGGCUGGACCCCUCCUAUCACCUCCAGGAAGGAGAAUACAUGCAACUCACAACUUUCUAUCACAACUGGCUGACAGGCAUGUGACAGAGCAUGAAGCAAAAGUCCUUGAUGUUGAAACAUUUAAGGGCAGGAAAAACAUUCUUUACAUCAAAAUGAAAACAUCCAAUUUUGUUAAUACAAAACUUGCAGUGGAAUACUACGUAAGGUCAGCCUUUUCCAACCCCGGCCACUGAGUCACAGAGGAAAACCACGUGGGCCUCUCCAGGACAUUUUUGCCCUCAAACCACCUUCCUUUGAAUCUGUCUUAUGAAGGGAGAGGAGAGACGAUUGAAGCUGGAUUGAGAAUAAGAUCAAAGAUGGCCAUUCUUAGGCCUGGAGAGAAGAGAGGCCCAAAUGUUUCUCUGACAAUUGGUGGAAGACCAUCUAGAGAUGAGCAAGAAUCUUAAAUUCCUCCCUGAUCCAGCCUCCACGUGUGGGCUUCCCCUUGCCCCAGCAUCUUUUCAGAUCCCUUGAAGUUGCCAGGUACCUGAGGGUCUUCCCAGGAGGGGCUGCCAGCCAUCAGCCCCCUCAGGGAUACCCCUGUAGUAGGUUUAGCUAAUGAAAACAGCAUCAUACCCUAAUAUGGUGCCAGCCGUGGGAAUCAAGAAUGCACAGGUGGGCUCAAACCACGUCACAGAAGCCAUACCCAUGCAGGUGCUAACCACCUUUUCUAAUGGUUCAGAAGGAAUGAAUACAGUAGCAUGGUUGGAUUUUUUUUUUUAAUUCAAAAUUAAGGAAUGAGACAAGCAAAGUAGAAAAGCUGAUGAGAUACUUACAUGACUCAGAAGGCUUGAAGUUCACUAUGAGCAGGAAGCUUUCCGUGCUGCUUUAUUAUAGAGUUUCUCUUCAUUUUCACUUAAGUGCAAAAAAACCCAAGGGAAUUCAUCAAUUUAAAAUAAAUUCCACUUACAGCCAUCUGUGCUCCAUUCUUACGGUGUUAUCGUGCAGAAGAAAAGCACUGGCCUUGCACAUGCCAGGGAAAUCAGCUCUGAGUUCAGCAAGGCCACCAGAAGUCUAGAUCCUUCUGGAUCCUUACAGACUUGAGGGGAUUGAACAGCAGGAGCUUUUUUAGGGGGUCACUGUAGCCCACUUCCAGUCUCUAAGUAAGAUGCCACAGAAAUGACUGAAAGUAAGCAGGACUGUCACUGUAGACAUGUCAGCCUUCAAAGGACACUGUCUUAAGGAACCAUUGCUGAAGAAUAAUGAAUAGAAGCAUUUGAGAGUUAAACAAACGCAGCCCACUUUGGAUUUCAUCCUAGUGAUGAAUGGACUAACACUUUGCAGUAAAAUGCCUAUUAACCUAUUUCUAAAGAGCAAGGUUGUCUACGUCUUGGGAAAAAUCUAAUAAUUAUGACACACCAGUGAAAUGUGUUACAUUAGUGUUUUUAGACACUGCGGCAGAAUCUCCAUUAUUCUCACCCAGUUUAAGCCCUGUAUUAUAGCCCUGAGUUGCCCCCUCCCAACUCCACCAAAGUACUACAUUGUUGACCCAGACUUCAUUUCCAACUCAAGUUGAUGCUCAGUAAAGGUUAAUGAGAAUUUGCUCAAGGCUCUUGUUUCCCCCUCUCUUCUUGCUAACUUGUCUCCAGAUAUAAUCUUAUUUCAUCAGCUGUCCAACUACCAAGUCAUAAAGAAGGGAGUCUUAGCCCCACUGUGGCGUGUUCUGCACAUCCUCAAAAGACUUCCGUUUUCACUGAAAACAAAUCUAUGAGCAAGAGGGAAAGGCUAGUAACAGUUCUCCUGUUUGCUCACAAUCGCGCAAAUAGGAUUUUGGGGUCUACCAAUGCGAUAGAUCUAUUCUAACAUCAGUACUUUUAUAGUCCUGCAAUUCUGUAAUUUCCUCGACGCAAAUAACAUGCCCUACUGUCAGCUGUAUGUAUAAUUUUCAAGAGUAUAUGCAUUAAGAAAAAAGGACUUCCCUUUAAAGAAACAAUCUAAGAUACUCUUAGAAAGGCAGAAACUUUUAAAAUGGGAAAUUGAAUAAUUUGUAAGAAUCUUUAGAGAAAACAUUUCAUUGAUUCAUGAUAGUCUUCUCACUAAGUUUUAAUUUAGCCCAGCAUGAGCAGCAGGAAGUGUUUAGGGAUUGUGUUUAGGCCUAAAAACUAAGCACUGGCGGGGGGCACCUGUGGCUCAGUGAGUAGGGCGCCGGCCCCAUAUGCCGAGGGUGGCGGGUUC